AUGGAUCCCUCGGCUGUAGCGGCGCCCAGAGCAGCCGCUGUUGCUAACCAACACCAUCCACACAACCGAAACGGCAAUGGCGUGUUCUCCGCUGGUCAGCCGUCGGAGGCGGAGAUGAAGCGCAUUCGCCAGCGCCGCCGCCUGGCGCGCAAGACUCCGGAGCAGCGCCGUAAGCUCCAGCAGUAUCAACGUCGACACAACGAGAAGGAUGAGCGCCUCUACUACUGCGACUACUGCGACCUGUUUAUCUCCUCGCGGCACAGGACAUGGAUGACGCACUUGCGCAGCACUCGGCAUAUGAACGCCUUCCAGUCCUAUUAUGACCUCGUCGCGCACGUGGAGAGCGUGUGGGUGGCAGAAAUGAAUUGCGAGGUGGAGCGGGCACGCAGUCGUGAGGUCCAUCGACUGCAGAAGAGGACCGCCGGAAAUGGGGCAGCGACGCCGCUGACAGCGCAGCAAGUCGCACCGGGUAUCGUUGUCGGAGGCACACUCACGUCAGGGCGUCUCCCUCCACCGCCGCCAUUUCCGCAACCCUCAGACGUUACAGUGCAGGUGAGUGCGACACCGGCCAUCCGAGUCGGCACCAAGACAAUCUUACCGCCUGUAGUGCCCGCAGCGUCGCCUGUUGAUGUUAAGUCGUCACCCUCGUCGCCAUUGACAGACGCGGGGAGUAGUAGGAAGAGCGCUGAUGAGGCUCGGCUGUCCAUGCCAUGA